AUGGCUGAUCGAGAAAAUCAAAGACACAUUCCUCAACAAGAUAAUCGUACAAAUAAUUUUUGUGAAACAAUAAAAGAAGAUAUUACAGAAUUUGAUCAAUCAACAACAAUUAGUGAAGGAAUACUUUCUAUUGACAGAACACUUAUUUCUAACUCAACAGCUACAAAUGAUCAUUUACUUGCAAUUCCUGGAUAUUUUAAACAUUCUAAUAAUUACAUGUUUAGACUUUCAUCCCCUUUACCUAAAAUAUAUACUCCUCCCAAAUAUGAGAUACCCCCUCCAAGUUAUUCACCUCCAGAGCCUCCUACUUCUAAUAAUGAACAGGAAAUUAAUAUAAAUAAUUUACAAAGCAAUAAUGUGUCGAUAAGGUCUGAAUUCUUAAUUAAUAAAGAGCCCGCCCUUAGAGAUUGA